CCUCGCGCAUGCUCCAAAAAGCUACUCUUCCUCCCCUCGCCUGCUCUGCUCUGCUUUCCCCCCUCCUCGCCUAGGGUUUCCCACCCCCAUGCCUCUCCCGGAACCCUAGCACCCUCCUCCUCCUCCCCGCCUUCCUCGCCGGUGCAGCCGCCUCCGGCCAUGGCCGCUGCCGCCGGCGCCGGGGCCACGGACUACUCCUUCGCGGCGGAGUACGACGGCCCGCCGCUCCCCUACUCGCUCCCGCGCGCCAUCCCGCUCGACCUCUCCUGCAUCCCGCUCGCCGCGCUCUCCUCCUCGCCCCCGGGCUCCCCCUCCGCGUCCUCGUCCCCGCUCCCCGUCGUCCGCCCGCUCACCCCGUCCUCCCUCUGCUCCGCCAUCCACCCCCGCGCCCACCCCGCGCCCCGCUCCGCCGCGCCCGCCCCCGCCGCGGUGGGAGCCGUGGUGGACUCCCCCACCUCCGUCAUCGAGAACCACCACGCCGCCGCGCAUCACUCCGCCGAGCUCCCACCCUCCUCCCCCUCCGACGACGAGGGCGCCGGCGACGGUGGGGCCCAGGCGCUGCCGCCGAAGCCCCGCCACCAGGCUGCGGUCACCUUCGCCGAGACCAGCGGCUCUCUCCUCCAAUCCUCCGACGACGAGGGCGAGUACGAGGAGGUGGAGGAGGGCGACGACGCUGCCGCCGCGGGGGAGGCCCAGGCGCUGCCGCCGAAGCCCCGCCACCAGGCUGCGGUCACCUUCGCCGAGACCAGCGGCUCUCUCCUCCAAUCCUCCGACGACGAGGGCGAGUACGAGGAGGUGGAGGAGGACGACGACGAUGCCGCCGCGGGGGAGGCCCGGCCCCGCGCCGCCGCCGGCCAGUCGAGCGGCUCCCUCUCCCCCGCGCACUGGAGGGGCGGCAGGUCCCGCGGCUGCUUCAGGUGCGGGAAAGGGGGCGGCUUCUGGGGCCGCGACAAGGAGUCGUGCCUCGCCUGCGGGGCGCGGUACUGCGCGGGGUGCCUGCUCCGGGCGAUGGGCUCCAUGCCGGAGGGGCGCAAGUGCCUGGACUGCAUUGGCCGGCCCGUUGUCGAGUCCAGGCGGGACGCGCUGGGGCGAGGCUCGCGCGUGCUGCGGCGGCUGCUCAGCGCCGCGGAGGUGGAGCUGGUCAUGAGGAGCGAGCGGGAGUGCGCCGCGAACCAGCUGCGGGCGGACGACGUGUACGUCAACGGGUCAAGGCUGUCGCCGGAGGAGCUCGUGGUGCUGCAGGGGUGCCCGUGCCCGCCUUCCAGGCUCCGGCCUGGCUUCUACUGGUACGACAAGGUGUCCGGCUUCUGGGGGAAGGAGGGACACAAGCCCCAUUGCAUAAUCAGUGCAAAUCUCAAUGUUGGAGGUUCACUAGAUCAAAAGGCAAGCAAUGGAAACACCGGAAUUUUGAUUAAUGGACGAGAGAUUACGAAGUCCGAACUGCAAAUGCUUAAGUUGGCUGGGGUCCAAUGUGCUGGGAAACCUCAUUUUUGGGUGAAUGCUGAUGGGACUUACCAAGAGGAAGGCCAAAAAACUGUUAAAGGGAAGAUCUGGGAUAAGCCUAUAGUGAAGCUUCUUAGUCCUGUCCUGUCAUUGCCAACACCGAACAAAGCAACUAAUCAAUGUGGUGAAGAAGCUGUUCACAUGGUAAAUCGAGCUAUUCCUGACUACCUGGAGCAAAGGGCUAUCCAGAAGCUUUUGUUGGUUGGGUCAGGGGCAAGCACCAUACUCAAACAGGCCAAGUUCUUGUACAAGAACAAACCAUUUUCGGUGGAAGAGUGUGAAGAUCUGAAACUUAUCAUACAAAGCAACAUAUACAAUUACCUUGGUAUAUUACUUGAAGGCCGUGAGCGGUUUGAAGAUGAAGCUUUAGCUGAUAGAAGAAGAAACAGUCAGCAUGACCCUUCUAGCUCUGGCCACUGUGAAUCUGGGUUCUCUGAUGAAGUUACUCAAUACUCCCUUAUUCCACGCUUGAAAGCAUUCUCUGAUUGGAUUCUUAAGGCAAUGGCUUUAGGUAACCUUGAAGACAUUUUCCCUGCAGCUAGUCGUGAAUAUGCACCACUUGUUGAGGAACUAUGGAAAGAUAAUGCUAUUCAAGCUACAUAUAAACGAAGAAAUGAGCUGCCAUUCCUUCCACCUGCUGCCAAUUAUUUUCUUGACAAGGCUGUUGAUAUUUCUAGAACUGAAUAUGAGCUCUCUGAUAUCGAUAUACUGUAUGCUGAUGGAAUUACAUCCUCGGAUGGGCUAGCAUCAACAGAGUUCUCUUUCCCGCAAAUGUCUCUGGGUGGACAGGGUGCUGAUGAGCCUGGUCCACAGGACACCUUGCUAAGGUACCAGCUGAUCAGAAUAAACAACAGAGGUUUGCAUGAGAACUGCAAAUGGCUGCAAAUGUUUGAUGAUGUGAGGCUUGUUAUCUUCUGUGUUGCUGCUAACGACUAUGAUGAGUACUAUGAGGAUGCAAAUGGCACCAUUGUCAACAAGAUGAUAGAGAGCAGGCAGCUGUUCGAGAGCAUUGCCCUUCAUCCAACAUUUGAGCAAAUGGAUUUCCUCCUACUACUCACCAAGUUUGAUCUCCUAGAGCAGAAGAUUAACAGCUCCCCUCUAACAUCGUGCGAUUGGUUCGAUGACUUCACUCCCCUGAUCAGCCGCAACCUGCUCAACAGCAGCAGCAGGAGCACCCGGAGCAGCCAGACCAGCGCGACGCUGGCCCAGAUGGCCGCGCACUACAUGGCGACAAAGCUCAAGAGGCUGUUCGGCUCCCUCACUGGUCGGAAGCUCUACGUGUCGUACGUGAACGCGCUGGACCAGGAGUCGGUCCGGUCUGCGAUCCGCUACAGCCGGGAGAUCAUCAAGUGGGAGGAAGAGAAGCCCGCGUUCGGCGCCAGCGAGUCGGUUUACAGCGAGGAGCCGAGCACCUUCACCCACUGACCUGAUCCCCCCACCUUUGCUGUGUGCAGAGAAGAGGUGUAAAUAUCUGUGCAUUUCGUGGUUUCUUAAGAGUUGUACCCCCAUUCCUUUUGUUCGUAGCUGAUCAUCGGCUUGUAUGGCUGCUAGUUGUUUUGCAAGUAGAAUGAUGAGGUGGGAGAAGACCGGCCCAUUCUGAUUCUUGUAAAUUGUAUUAUGAGUUGCUUGCAUUUUAUUUGAUGCAUUUGGCUGGCGGUAAA